UGUUUUUGGUUCAUAUAUAUAGAGAACAAACUUCAAGACCACGACACCAACGAAGACCUGGUCUCUCUCAACAGCUAUGCACUCGAGUCGAUGCCACUCGACAUCAUACUCCUCAUGGAGAAGACGAUGGCUGUACUCGAGUUCGACACCUCCGGCAAAGUGCUUGAAAAGUGCCAACUCUUUGAUCUCGAGAAGGAGGCCCAUAAGGCCGACCUCACGGCCUCCGCCACCGGACUGCCCGUCAUUAAGAGUGACUUCAAGACAAUGCAGGAGGCGAUCAACAAAUGCCGCGAAUUGUCGGAGAAGUCGUCUCCUGUUUCGAGUUUAGAGCAAAUCUCGCCAAACAUUACGGAGAACUCUAUUUCACUGUUUUCUCUUUGGCGGGGAUUAAUACCCGGCACUAAACUGCUCAUGAUCACUGCCCCAUUAGGCUCAAGAUCUCAUUGUGAUUGUGAUGAAGACUUUCUAAAGUGCCUAAAAAGAUCAAGCAACUCGUACGCACAAAUGUUAGGCAACUUUUAUUUCAACGUUUUAAAAGUCCAGUGCAUUAAAGAGGAGAGACCUGUCGUCUGCGUGGAAAUCAGAAAGAAUAGCAACGGGAAGGAGGAGUGCGUGAGGUAUGAGGUGUCCAACGAGUCUAAGAUGAAGUUUGUCACACCAGUUGAUGUCAUGUCAAUUAUGUUCAGUUGA